UCAUGUAUGUGUGCCGUGUAGGUGUGCGGCCAUGUAGACGGUUUCCUGGAGGAAACAGCAUGCAGCAGCCGCCUCACACCUCGGGGAUAAAGGAGAGGGAGGUCACAUGAAAUGUCUUGUCACCAGCAGAGAAGAAGGAGGAUGCUGAGAAGCGUGAAGUUUAUUAUCCCCCUCGGCCGCCGCCCCCACCCGGCCCGACGAGCAGUGUCACUCCCCUCACAGCGACCCCCAGACAAUAAUAAUAAUAAUGGCAGCCGUGUCCCUGCGGAGGGCGGCGGGGGGAGCGGAGACGUGGCUGCUGCGCUGAGCCGAGGAUUUGCUGUGUGGAGGAGGAGGGGGAGGGGAGUACAGAGGAGCAGUGGCCGUGUGUGCGCCUCUGAUUCCCGGUGUAAUUUGCAGCCAAUCAUCAGUAGGUGUCCACAUCCCUGCAUCCUCCUCACCUCGGCGCCAAUAACUCUCCACCUCUCUCCUCCUCCUCCUCCUUCUUCUUCUUCCCUCUCCCCCAUCCCCCUCCCGCUCCCCCCCCACCUCACCUCCUCCUCCCCUCGCAGCCCCCCCAUGCCUCUCAGCCACACGCAGAGAAAGAGAGAGACUGACUGACUCCCAGGCUGCCUCCUCCCGCCCUCCCUCCUCACACACAUCGACUGGAAACUGACUGGAGAGCAGCGCACAGGGAGAGCCAGCCAGAGACACACACACACACACACACUGAGGGGAGAGCAGGGACCACCGGCGGCACCCUCCGCUCCUCACCCCUCUCCUCCCGCUGCCGCCCCCCCAGACCUAGCAGCAGUAAGUCAUAAAGUGUCCUGGCGCUGCCCGGGCACCUGGAGUGUGCGAUGUGUGGGGGGCAUUAGAUGCAGCAGCCUGCCUGUCCUCUCCUCCAUCCAGUGUUGGCGUUUGUGAUAAUGCACAAGAAGAUGCUCCGUGACAAACUGCUGUCUGCUGAAAAAUCACCUACGAAAAAAUAAAAAGGCACUUCUCCCAGUUGCACAAGCCCCACAGAAUAGAAAUAAAACCAGUUGCUUAUUGAAGGUCUCACCCAAAAAUAAAGGUGACUGAAUUAAGCAGUUUCGGUGGUUUCCCCCCUCUCUCCCCUCCUACCCCCUUCCACCUACCCUCCUCAGAGAUGUCCAAUAUGAACACUAAUGUUUGUGUGGAGAAUGGACAGAACCCAGAGGCUUCCGUGCUCCCCAAGGAUAACCUGGUGGAGGGGGCUUUGAACAGCCUCAUGGAUUACAAUUCGGAAAUGGAGAGGUAUAGGUCCUUUGCUACCUUUUACAAAACCAAUGGUGCGUUCCCUCAGGCUGCUAAGAUUGCCAGGAUCACCACCCCUAUAUUCCCCAGUGCCCGGAUUGGCAUGUCUCCUUGGAACUGCGAUAAUGCAAUGCUUUGGGGAAGGAAAUCAGCAGCUAUCAACCCUAAUAGGACCAGCAUGCACAGAAACGACUCCCAAAGGCUGGGGAAGCCUGGCGGAGCGCCAGAGUCGUUGCAAAUGGCAAAUAAUAAUUUCCUUUCCACCUUAUCCCCUGAACACUGCAGACCUUUGGCAGGGGAAUGCAUGAACAAGCUCAAAUGCGGCGCCGCUGAAGCAGAGAUAAUGAAUCUCCCUGAACGCGUUGGAACUUUUUCCGCUAUUCCGGCUCUAGGGGGCAUCUCAUUACCUCCAGGGGUCAUCGUCAUGACAGCCCUUCACUCCCCCGCAGCAGCCUCGGCAGCCGUCACAGACAGUGCGUUUCAAAUUGCCAAUCUGGCAGACUGCCCGCAGAAUAAUUCUUCGGGAGCCAGCGGGAACCCUGCCAAGAAGAAGAGGAAAAGGUGUGGGGUCUGUGUGCCCUGCAAGAGGCUCAUCAACUGUGGAGUCUGCAGCAGUUGCAGGAACCGCAAAACAGGACACCAGAUCUGCAAAUUUAGGAAAUGUGAAGAGCUUAAGAAAAAACCUGGCACUUCACUAGAGAAUAACAGACAUUUACUAUAGCAUGCAAUGUACAAGAGAACUCCGGUCCCCAGCGCUGAAGCAUUCCGAUGGUUCUUUUAAGCAGAUAUAUAUCAUAUUUUCAAGGCACUCUGAAGUGAUUGACAAGCACUGGUCUUGUUUUGGGAACUGCUAAGUCCGUGACUGAAGAAUAUGCUGAGACACUAUUUUCAUUUGUGUACAGGGGUUUCCUCAAAAGAAUAAUAUGAAUAAUGUAAAAAAAAAUAAAAAGAAAUAAAAAAAAAAAGUAAAAAAUAAAUAAAAAAUAAAACAAAAACAAAACAUCACCAGAGCCUGGCUGGUUUACUUACAUUUAGUACACAGGUUCUUUCUUUAAUGUACUUUAGCUAUAAUUAACAGUGAUAUUGUUGUCUACUUUAAAGUGACUACAAAAAGGAGAGAUUUGGGAAAACCCCUGCUGUAAUAUGAUGUAUCUUUGAGAAAUUAACAUAUCUAUACUUCAUUUCCAAAUAUGUGUUUCAGUACUGUAAACUGUACAGAUAGCAGCGUGUAUUUUGUGUGUUUAGACACAAGGAGACAAUCAUGUCUGAGCAUCUAUAUGAAGAUUAACAGUUUGUAAGCAGCAGUGUGGUUCUGCAACUUAAAUCUGGAGCAAUAAAUUCUAGCUUUAAACAUUAUUUUGCCAGCUGGAUAGUCACAGCAACAACAGCACUGUUUAUUUUAUUUUUUUUCUUAUUUUUUUUAUUUAAUUAUUUUUUUCUUUUUUUUUUCCCGAUUUUUUUAUUUUUUAUUUUUGCUAUGCAUUUUGUACAUUCCCAGGAAGUAAACCUGCAAUUCCAAAAAUGUAAAAGAAAGGAAAAUUGACAAAUAAAGCAACUGUAUAAAAAGUGUCUUCUUUCCGUGAUGGCGAUAUUUUCCAGUUCCUGAGCCCCUUGUCCCUUUUUGUAUAUCCAAGGAACAAUCCAUGCAAACAUUCUGACCUCUAUGUGGGUGAGCACUUGUGUUAUUAAGAGAAUAUCCCCCCAGAAGCACUUACCACAGAUGACCCACUUUCACUGCUUUAUAGACCAGAGUAAAAGCAGCAUAUGGUAUUGUAGUUUAUCCGAUCGGACCAGUCUUUUGAAUUAUUUGUUCAGGGAAACAGAAGUGUCCUGUGACCAUGUAACUGAGUACAUGCCUUCUGGUUAGGUUUUUCUAUAGUAACUGUAAACACUGUAAAAUAUAAAUGCAUUCUCACUGUAAUGACAAGAGUAAAACAUGCAUAUAGAUAUAUAAAUAUAUAUAAAUAUAUUUCUGUAUAUAUGGGUCAUGUCCAACACAGCAAGGCAACUCCAGACUUGGAGAUUUUUCGGAAGGAUUUAAAUAUAAAACUUUAUUUCUUUGCAGGGGGUGGAUUGAGUGGUCAAGCUAUUGGAUGAGCUGAGUAGGUGGCCCUAACACCCAUAUCUACUGUAUAGACAGAACGAGUCCUGCAAUGGCUUCUGUCCCAAGGUGUUAAUGGAAUGAAUGACUUUGUGUUCCAACAACCAAUAAGUGACAUCACUAAUCCCAGUUUAGGGCCAUGAUCUCAAUCUGCCCCUAAUGUAAUGGAUAGCACGAUUUUGUCUCGCAUAAUACCAAAUUAAAGCUUCUAAUAAAGCUUCUAAUAGAUUUCUACUGAAAAGCCCCUUUAAAUAUCUGCCGGGGAAUGCCUUGUGUGUAGUACAACUCCAAAUCUGGAAUUGCCUUUCCCAUUUUAUUUUACUUUUUAAAACUGUUGCAUUAACUUGUGACCUUUUCAUACCUGUGUAACAAUUUAGGGUAUUUUUUGUUAUAGACCUACUGAACAGCACCAAUCUUAAAGCCCUUCCUAAUUUGUUUACCUAAUGUUUUAGCUAUGUAUGUAUCUUAUAAGUGAGUCUUGAAUGUUUUCAUUUUGUGUUUUUUUUUGUAAUAAAUGUUUUAAAAUUACUUUGAAUAGAUCUAAAAUAUUUAGGUAGCUUUAAAGACAUAAAGAAAUGAUUUCAUAUGGUUAGCCACCUUUACCAAUCUGAAUAGGUUUUUUUUUUUUUUUUUUUUUUAUGUAAUACAUUACUGUUUAUCCAAUACAAGAUACUGUUGAGAAGUAUUAAUCAGCUAAUAGUGAUCAGACACAAGUAAAGCCUUGUUUGCACUUUUACUAGUACAUUUUCUUAGCCUUCGGAAAGUUGUUAUUGCUCAGAGAUGUAAAAUGAUUCAGUUCAAGCUACAUUAGGUGUACAAUAUCUACAGUUUUUCUUACCAAUGUACUCACUGUCUGAUACCCUAAUGUUGCAUGUCUUUGUGUGCUUUCUGUUUUAAAGAACUGGUUGAUCUAUAUAUUGUAAUUGUGCUGCUUACAUGUCCAAUCCAAUUAAAGCUAUACAUUACAGAAAAUGAAGAAAGAAGGUUUACUGCAGUGUUAAUCCUCUAAUUCUUCUACUUAAAUUAAAAAAAAAUGCACACAUUAUAAAUCUGAAAUAUAGUGUUUUUGUUUUACUUAAAUGGGCACUGUCAGAUACAAAAACUUUUGAUAUGUUGUUAAGCAUGCAAAACCAAUAGGUUUUGCAAUUGCUUUCAUUAGAAAAUUUUCAGUAUUUCAUACUGAAAAAGCCAGUCAAACAACUGCCCCCCUGCCUGCUUGGACACAUACUAGUCCUGCUGUGUCCAUGCAUUAUCACCUAUGUCAUGGACACACUUCCUUGAUUGACAGCUGUGAGUGCAGGGCUCAGAGCUGGAGGAAAAAUCCUCCCACUGUCAGCUUGUGUCCCGCUACUGUCAGUGAGGACAAGCUGAGAGUUGUAGUUUUGCUAAUGCUAUGGGAGAUGUGAGCAGACAGCAUACUGAGGGAGAGGGUGGAGACCUGCACAGUGAGGUCACGCCCCCUCCCUUUGAGAGGAAUUCAGACUAGUGAGCUAAAUUAAAAGUGUAAUAUAAAAAUAAAUAAAGGUGCUAGACACAUAAAAAUUGGAUGUACAUGGUCAGGAUUAGGUACUGAGUGAUAUAUAUAUAUGUGAUAUAUAUAUAUAUAUAUAUAUAUAUAUAUAUAUAUAUAAAUUAGUUGGAUCUGACGGGUAUGCUUUAAAAGUAAAGCCUAAAACAAAUCUCUACUAGGUUAUACUAUACAUAGCAUAGCUUCAAUGAGCUUUGUAUGGUAUAAAUGGCUGCACAAGGCUCUAGACAGAGCUCAGGAAUAGUUGUUCUUGCCACCCAUAUUGCAGAAAAAUUAAAAAGUACUGGUAACAGAGGGAGUAUUUAUGUAGUGAUAUACUAGUAGCUUAGAUCUUGUAUGACUGUUCUAUACUACCAGCCCAUAGACAAGAACAGAGAUGUUUCUGGGGAAAACAAAACAUACUUUAGUUUUUCUGAUCUUAUACAAUCUCUUUAAGAGUUCAUGCACAGAAGUGUUAUAUGAGGUCAUAAUAUGGCACCCAUAGACUAUGGUGAAGCAGUACUAUACCUCUGACUUUCUACAUUGGCAUACAGAGGCAUGCUCCGAUGAAUGUUGUAUUUUAAGGGAACAUGUCUCUGUUAUAAAGUGCCAUAUUGAGUAACAUAUGGUGGCACAAAGAGUUCCUACAGCCUCUGGGUGCCUUAGGUUCCAGUACAUAUGACUGUUGCAAGCAAAGCGUGAAAAGAAGGGAACAAACUGCUCUUCUGGUAUCAACAGGAGCCCAGUAAUACCUCUCAGCAGGUGGAUAGGAUUUUUUUUUAACCUUAGCCCACCUAGCUGGCAGAUGUUUUCUGCUGUUGGUCUAAGAGACCAAUAAGAGGAUAAGCCACUAACAGCAAAAAUGUGGACAUUUUUGUAAACUUGUAAGAGACCUUUUUAUCCUCCAUAUUAUGAGCAAACGUGACUCAACAAAUGGAUGUUCACUUUAAGUUUCUGUUAUGGUGUUCUUUAAAAUAGGGUACAGACAAUACUAAAAAUACAAUAUUUCAACAUGCGCUAUAAUGUGUAAAGUCUUCAUUUUGCAUUGCGAAUUAGAAAAGGAAGCCUAUUUGUGUUUCCGAAUCUUGGCAUGUAACUCUUACAAUUAAUUCAAAAGAAUAACAAUAUUUAUAUUGGUUACAUCUGUAAUCGGAUAAUGAGGAAAGAAAUGUGUUAAAUGAACGUAACCAUUUAGGGUCGAAUAGCUUCAGCAAAAUAACAGUAGUAGGUCUUUGAUCAUGGCUAGAUGCAUAGUGAUUUCAAACAGUUGGUUCCAUGUAGCAACUAAAUGUUCCAGAUUUUGUUUGUCAUUAAAUUUGGCAGUCUCACACUGAGAUCUACUAUGUUCCUAGUGAAUAAAAGACAGCUCCUACUGGAAGUUAGAAUGAUUACUAUAUUAAAAAACGGAACUGCAUUGUUUUCUUUUCCUUUUUUUUUAUUUACUCUUAAUUUAUGGCCCAUUCAUGUGUACUCCCUUCACAAUGUUCUCCUAUUUCUGAUAUGUGCUGUAAUCUAUGACAUUUUCUUACAGAUAUAUGUGUAAGGUGUAUGUAUGCUUGUGCAGUUAUGGAAAAAGCAGUUUUGGAAAACAGUGUAUUUAUGAGAAAAAAAAAAAUCACCUAUGGGGCAUGUAAAAAACUGUACAAAUACACAUUAAUUUGCCCGGUAAAGUUGUUUUUGUGACAUUUCUGUGUUGUUAAAUAAAGGACUUUAGUAUUCAAAAUA